AUGGAUCGCCAAAUUAGGGUUUUACCUCCUCAACUAGCCAUAGUUGACACACUAUCUACAGAACCGGUUGUGAUUGCAUAUGAUGGUCAGAAGACCGUUGUUUCUCCAUUGGUUAUUCGUUUGACGGGUCCUACGCCUUACAAGUCUGAUAAAGUUGUGCCUUACAAGUACAAUGCUACUAUGGUAGAAGACAGCAAAGAAGUGCACAUUCCUACUUUUUUGUCCGUUGUGAAUAUUGCCAAUGUAACUGGUGUGACCCGAAGUGGUCGGGUAUUUGUUGUUGCAGCUCCUAAGAGGACUGAAAAUGUAGUGAUAGAGAAAUCAAGUUCAGAGAAAACUCCUGUUUUACAAGCCGGCCAAUCCAGUAUUAUGAAUCAGAAUAUUGAUCAAGAUGAGGUGUUGAAAUUGAUCAAGAAGAGUGAUUUUAAUAUGGUGGACCAGUUGUUGCACACUCCAUCCAAGAUAUAUGUGUUAUCCCUUCUAAUGAGUUCGGAAGCACAACGAGAAGAUUUUCAGAAGGUUCUAGAGCAGGCCUAUGUGGACCAUAACGUGACACUUGAUCAAUUUGAUGGCAUUGUGGCUAAUAUUACCGCAUGUAACAAUUUGAGCUUCAGUGAUGAAGAGCUUCCCGAGCAGGGGAGGAAUCAUAAUUUGGCCCUGCAUAUCUCUUUGAAUUGUCAAGAAGAUGCUUUGUCCAAUGUGUUCGUGGAUACUGGAUCAUCUUUGAAUGUUCUUCCUAAGUCUACGAUGUCUAAACUUGCUUACCAAGGUGCUCCGAUGAGAUUCAGUGGAGUUAUUGUCAAGGCCUUUGAUGGCUCGAGGAAGACUGUAAUUGAGGAGAUUGAUCUCCCGAUAAAGAUAGGUUUGUGCUUAUUUCAAAAUACCUUUCAAGUGAUGGAUAUUCAUCCUUCCUAUAAUUAUCUCUUAGGACAUUCCUGGAUUCAUGAGGUUGGGGUAGUUACAUCAACUAUACACCAAAAGUUGAAUUUUGUGAAGAAUGGGAAAUUAAUGAUCGUGGGUGGCGAGCAUGCCAUGUUGGUGAGUCACCUUUCUUCAUUUUCAUACAUUGAUGCUAACGAAGCUGAAGGAACAUCAUUUCAAGCUCCUUAUAUUGAUAAUAUUGCUGUUAAGAAUGGUGAAUCCAUGUCAUCCUUAAAAGAUGCCUAG